AUAAGACGCUAUCAACCUGUACAUCCGACUCGGUAAUUUCUCAUUCAUCAGCACAAAGACAUUAGUGUCACGAGUCUUUUUCUUUUGGUCUGAACGAUGCCGAUAUUCCAGACAUGCGCAGUGCUUCUAGACGACAAGAAGGAAGUGUACCGGAAGGGGGAGACAGUGACGGGAUCGUUAGUGUUGGACGUCACAGAGGAUGUCACAGUGAAGGGGGUCCGAGUUUACCUGUAUGGGGAGACGCUGGUCAAGUGGGACGAGUUGUCACCUGGGAGUCUUGGAGGGACCAAGGAUUACAUCGCCAAAGAAAAAUACUUCGGAUUAGUUUAUACAGUAUUUGGCAAGACACUAGACGCCACUGGACCAAACCACACCCUGACAGCGGGACGCCACAAUUACAGGUACAAGCUCAAACUCCCAAAUAAAGACCUUCCGUCCUCCUUCGAAGGAGAGUUUGGCGCCAUCAGAUUCUGGGUCAAGGUUGAGGUGGACAGGCCGACCUCCAACUUAAACCAGUGUUGGUACCGCGGUUUCACCAUACUGGACAAUAUCAACGUCAACGACUCACAGUAUAAGGCAUCGGUACGACGUCAGGCAAAGAAACAGGUUUCUAAGGCUCUUGGUUUAGGAGAUGCUGGUUCUCUGACCUUGACUGCUGCCACUGACAGGGGAGCUUAUUGCGCAGGAGAAAAGGUCGCACUUAAAGUUGUGGUGCAGAACGAGUCAACGAAGAACAUGGGGAAACUGAAGGCUCAGUUGGAGCAGAAAGUUGUCUACACAGCCAAUGAUGAGACGAAGACUCGGCAGAACGUUAUCAGGAUCCUGGAGGGAACUCCAGUCAUGAAGGGAGAGGAGCGGGUGUGGAACAACCAACUGCUGGACGUAGACGUCAUUCCACCGUCGACGAAGACCAGUUCCUGUGAAAUCAUCGCCGUCAGCUACUACAUCAAGGUACUGGUUGAGGUGCCUUUGGGAUAUAACCAUGAGACCAUCCUUCCCAUCACUAUCGGCACCAUACCGUUCGGCCACACCCCUGCUGCUGGGCGAACGAGUGGUGGAGCUACAGCAGGUGCCACCACAGGGAUUGAUGCCUCCAGUGACAUAACCUACACCAAAUGCAACCGGGGAUUUCAUGUCUGCCGGAGAUCAUACGGCAAUUUUGUGAAUUUCAAUUACAUCCCCAUGUGUGCCAACGUUGUGAACUACACAUUUCCCCCUUCCCCGAGCCCUGCUGGUGGAGCUGGAGGGGCACGCCCUGCUGCAGCUGUUGCUUCAAGACCAAGCCCUGCUGCAGCUGUUGCUUCAAGACCAAGCCCUGCUGCAGCUGUUGCUUCAAGACCAAGCCCUGCUGCAGCUGUUGCU